UCCCAAGUUUGAGCCCGAUCUGACGACUUUGCAUUUUUGAGUGUACACAGAAGCUGUGCUUCUUUGAAGAAAGAAUCACAGCUAAAAUAAGAGAAAGCUCUAAAAAAUUUAGUUUCCUACCUAAUUUCACUAGAAAACGAAAAUUAAACGAAAAUAAUUUUAUCUGUUUUGUUAUUUUUAUUAACCACUUUCCGACGGAUUUUAAUCAAAAAUAACUAUUUCUUAAUCAAAAGAUUUCUUUCAGUUAUAAUAGCGAUACAAAAUUUACAUCGUGAUAUCAAAAACUAUAUAGUUUUCAGAUUUAAAAGCUCAACUUUAAAAGCUUUACAAUUUGGUACAUUCAUCAUAAGGAUAAAUAAGCCCCGUAUGACGGUACAUUUGCUUGAAUAAAUUGGGCACAGAAUUGAAAAAAAAAUGACUGUUAAUUCGUGUAAUUCCUUCCCGCUUUACCAGGGGGCGCUUUUACAGUCUCACAGGUAGAUAUAGCCAUCAUAAUAUAUGUAGGGGAACGUGACCAAAUUCUGACCUCCAAAAGUCCGCGCAGAAUGAGAAAAAAAUUGUAUAAAAUAAAAAGCAAUAUUCAUAAAUUUGGUACCAUUUUAAAGCCCAUUUGAUGCACUUUUUACUCCCAUAACUUUCUACAUUUAAAGCUUUAUCAGUUUUAAGUAGCAGCGGAUUGAAAAAAAGGUCGAAGGAGGUCGGAAUUGGGCCACGUUCCCCUAUGUACGCUGAUGGUCUCUACUACAAUAAUUUACGAGCCAAAAACUUUCUCUUCUUCAAUUCUCACAACUCAUAUGCGAAGCAAACAAUCUCGAUUUCUUCGUGAAGGUCUAUCUUUAUAAUGUGAAUCAGAAGUUAAUUCCCUCCAAUUUUCGGGUGAUAACGUAUCAAAGAGAUGGGACCAAAGGAGGACAGAAAAUCACCAUCAAAGCAACCACCGAGCAACGCCCCUCAGGCAUCUCAGGAAGAGACAAGAAGUAGUAUUUUUGAUCUUCAUACCUCUGUGGGACAAGUUACCUUUAUUGUUGUCGUGGCAGCUAUUGCAGUCCUCAUACAGGCACUCCCACGAGACUUUCUCUCUCAAUUGUUGAAGAGUGAUUCUCACGAAGUUCCGGUUGCUAAUAAAGUGCCACCUGUGCAACCAGCUGUGUGCAGACAUCCGCAAGAGCCAUCUUACAUCAUCUACAAUCCUCGAAGUGAACGUGAAGAUCAUUUGCAGCAUGUGAAGGCUGUGCUGGAACGCUUGGGAUUCAGGAGGGCACAAAAUGAGAGUAAAGAUUGGGACUUGAUGUGGGCACAUGACUAUCCCUUCUUCAAACUACCCGAAUUGCGUCAAUUAAAGGAACAUCAGCGUGUAAAUCAUUUUCCUGGCUCUGGAUUCCUCACAAAUAAGGUUGAUCUCGCACUGACCGAAUCAAAGUACAUCCCAAAGGCAUUCCGUCUACCAGAAGAUGCAACCAAGUUCAUGGAGUACGCCAAAGCAUUCCCUGAGAAGGAAUUCGUGCAGAAGAACAACAAACAUCGCCAUAUCUACCUCAAAACAAUCCCAGAAAUUGAUGUGAAUGACAAUGAGACCUUCAUUCAGGAGUACAUGACAAACCCAUUUCUUGUUGAUGGGAAGAAAUUCGACAUUGGUGCAUAUGUGGUGGUUACUUCAAUAGAUCCCUUAAGGAUUUAUGUCUACCACGGAGACUACCUUCUCCGGUUCUGUCCAGUGGAGUACUAUCCCUUCGACAGGAGCAACUUGGAUAAGUAUGUCGUUGGGGAUGAUUAUACGCCAACGUGGGAGAUUGAAUCACUUGAGAAAUUUCACACAAGAAUGGGAUUUAGUAUGAAGGAUUGUCUCGAUGCCUACGUGCGGAGUUUAGGGAAGGAUCCCCGUACCAUUUGGGAUCAAAUUCACGACUCAAUCCGGGAGAUUGUUUUAAGGAAGGAGAGUCAUCUCGUGUCAACGCUGCAGCGCUAUAAAUCUCGCAAGAAUUUCUUCGAACUCAUGAGAUUUGAUUUUAUUGUCGAUGAGAAUCUUCGGGUUUUUCUCCUGGAAGCCAAUAUGAGUCCAAAUCUCUCGUCUGCUCACUUCAAACCCAAUAAACUACUCUAUGAACAAGUCAUCUACAAUGCUCUUAAGCUCGUUGGGAUUGGUUCUGUUGUCCGUAGGGAAUCACUCAAAGCGAGAAAUACUGAUGCCGAAGCUAUGAUGUCAUCAAUGAAGAACAUUGCAAUUGAUGCUGAUGUUUGCGCCAGUGAGACAUGUAGCAAUGCAGUCACAGAGACAUGUAACAAUGAACUGUGUCAAUUUUGCCGAUGGUGCCUCUCAAAGGAUGACCUAGAAAUCCUCCAUACAGCCUACAGGGAGCAUACAAAUCGUGGAGAUAUGCUGAGAAUCUAUCCAACAGGUAAACAUGAUGUUCUGGAUGAUUCUUCUCUCACCCCACAGAAUCUUUUCAUGAGCAAAUGGUUCUCCGAAAAGUGCCAAAAUGACCACAGUUGGUGUUAAUUUUAUAAUUACAAGAAGAGAUUUUACUUAUAAAGCCAAUGUGUUCGAAAA